AUGACUGAUCCUCGGACAAACACGAGGAAUGCAACCGGUACUUUCAUUUGUCUUCCUCCUCCGAAUAGGCUGUUGUUAUUUUACAAAAUUACUGCAUUUACUUUGGAAAUGUUUAAAAGCAGGGUUAGCUUACUCUCAAGGGACUUCCAUUUAAAUAGUUUAUUUAUCAAAUUACAAUUUUUUAUUGCGUGUCACUCAUGUGUCACUACCAUUGACUGUGGUCCCUAAAGGUCUGUAUAAUGUUGUGGAUGAAUAUGAAGUCUCCUUCCCCUUUGAGGAGAACCUGGACCGGUCUGCCUAUCUGAACCAGAGUGAGCAGAUUUUGGAAGGUACAUUUGGGCACCAGUCACACCAUUUUACCUGUCUCUCAUACAGAAUACUAGCAAGUUAAGCAACCCCUUAUAAAUGUGUUCUCCUAUCAUGGCAAUAUCAGAUAGUUCAGGGCUACUCAAACCCGAACAACGUGAUCUACAGUUUAUUGAUUGUCAUUAAUUGGAUAUAAAUUCCAUUCACCUGGAGGGUGGAGGUAAUUAAACUACCAUCCCUUAUUAAUAGGGCCCUGCAUAAUCACCUCUUGAUACCUUAAUCAACUCAAUUAAUCAUGUAAUUAUGGUGUCAUAAGUCAGGUGGUCAAUAACUUCUCAGGGCCUAACCAUGAGGUAUGACCAAUGCCUCAAAUAGUCAAAUAAUGAACUGCACUAAUCCCCCUUCCAGAGUCUGCUUCCGAAAUGCCUCCGCACUACAGCCCGUUCAUGCUGAUCACCAACCUGCGCACCCACCUGUGUGUAUCCCUGGAGAAGAAUUCGUGGCUGCAGAAGCGCAUCGAGGACCUGGAGGAGGAACGCAACUUCCUGCGCUGCCAGCUGGAACGCUUUGUCUCAUCCAUGAGGACCCCGGAGAGCAACCGUAAAUACUUUUUUUUGGGGGGGAGCACUUUUCUACUGACUUCCCACUGGGCACAGAUGUCAAUUCAACAUCUAUUCCAGGUUGGUUCAACGUCAUUUAGUUGAACAACGUGGAAACAACGUUGAUUCAACCGGUGUGUGCCCAGUGGGUUAGUACUUGACUGUACUGCUUCAAUUGAAGCACUGUUUCUUGAACCUCAACUUGUUGCCUCAAAAUUAUCUAGUCACACAUUCUAGUUAGUGCACUGUUUGGGAACAUAAUACAAGUGAAUACACAACUAUAUAGGCUGAUACAUGGAGAGAGGUGAAAUGGGACUCCAUUAAAAAUCUAUUAUCCUCUCCCCUCUUUAUUAGAUUUUUAUCCUGAAUCCCAGCACACUAGUCUGAACUACACUACUCUGAAACCUCCACCAGAGAGAGCUCCAAGCCCUCCUCCUUCACCAAUGACCACCAGGUCUGGAAUGCUACGGAAACACGUCCAGAGCCAACCUCACACAUGUAGCAGCAGAGUACCUGGUGAGAGGGAAGCAGAAUAGAUUUAGGGUGGGAUGGCUUUUUAGGAGUGGGAGAAUCAUACAGCUUAAGCUAGGCUUUAGUGUCAACUGUCAUCUAGUGUCUUGAAGUGUAUGUGGAUACAUUUUCUCACUCCCCCCCCCCCCCCCCCCCCCUUCUCCCCAGUAAAACAGGAGGUGCGUGUGAUCGAAGAAGAUAAGUACUUUGAGGAAGAUGGUUAUAUGGAGGAAGAGGAAGUGGAAGAGGAAGACGAUUCAUCGGACGAGAAGAUGUCCAAGAAAAAGGGAUCCAAGAAUGGUGGGGAGCCAAGAAUGAAAAUGAGACGGGUUUUCCGGAUCACUCGGGGCAAGGAAAGACAAAGAGGUAACCAAGUCAUAGUUUAUUGCUCUGUUAUUUCCUAUGCCCAGUGCAUUUGUCAGCUGCGUCAUAAUAUUCAAUUGUAUGUUGUAAAAAAUUGUUUCCUUGUUAUCACACUUUUGGGGGAAAUUCCUAUCAACUGCUAACAAAAUGGCUCCUCUCUCCUUCAGUGAAAGACCCUGACGGUGUGCUCCAUCGGUACCAGAAGAUCCUCCUCACCUACCAGCGCCUGAGGAGCAUGUCCAAGGCCUUCCAGAUCCACCGGGUGGACCGCAACACUAUGGCCUCCACCUCCCCCAUCGCCGAGAUGCUGCUGAUAGCCCCAGAGAAGGUGGCCGAGGUGGGCGAGUUUGAGUCUUCCAAGGAGAAGCUCCUGGACUACGCCCGCCGCUGCUACAAGGCCCUGGACGAGCCCAUGCACGCCAAAGUGGCAGCCAUGAAGAAGAACCACCUGCUUCUGCCCAUCUCCUACAGGUUCAGAAACUAA